AUGGAAGCAUUAUCAGGAGUGAGGAAAGGUGCAUGGAGUAAAUGUGAAGAUGACCUUCUCAAAGCUUGCGUGCAGCGUUAUGGAGAAGGAAAAUGGCACCUUGUUCCUCAAAGAGCAGGGUUGAACAGAUGCCGCAAGAGUUGUAGACUGAGAUGGAUGAAUUACCUAAAACCAAAUAUCAAGCGUGGGAAUUUUGGUGAAGAUGAAGUUGAUAUGAUGAUCAGAUUGCAUAAGCUUUUGGGAAACAGAUGGUCCCUAAUUGCAGGAAGACUUCCGGGAAGAACAUCAAACGAUGUGAAAAAUUACUGGAACACGUACAUCCGACGUAAAGAACUCUCUCACACGAAAGAAAAGAACGUAAAGCAGAAAGAGGUGGAGACCAAAGUGAAAAGUCACGAAGUGAUAAGGCCUGUACCUCAAACUUUGUCAAAAACAUCCCCGUGGUUGCGAGGGAAAUUCAUUAAUAGUUCAAAAGUUGGUGUUAGUGAAGCAGGUGCAGAUUCAUUAGGGUCUGAGAAUUGGUGGAAAACUUUGUUAGAUGAUAAGGAAGACAAUGCACGUAACAGUAACACGUGUUUCUUUGGUGUGGAAGAUGGGGCACUAGACUUUUGGACUCAAGAGCUUACUUCAAUUGAUUGUGACUUUCUUGCAGAAGGUGGAAUUAAUUGGAGUGAUUUUCUUCUGCGAGAUUAGUGUGUUUCUAGAUGCUUCAUGCUUGUGUUAUUGUGUA